AUUUCAAGCAAAAAACUAUGCCAGAACCAACGGAAUUGUCUGGAAUCAUCUCAAAACUUGAGGAAACCUACGCAUUCGCCACCACCAGUCUUGGAAACGUAUUUAUACCGAUUGCAGCGGCCAGAACCAAGAACGAGACGCUUUUAAGCUUGCUCGACAAGUUUUCAUACAACGAAACUGUGCAAAUGGUGGUUAUUAAACAGAUAGGACGCAAAAAUAACUGCAAUUAUCAGGCAAAACUCGUGAAAAAGCUCGAAGGCUCAAUGUUGGCGGCCGCCAGAAUUUCCAAUGAAGUUUUCGGGCCAUUGAUCGCCCAGGUGACCAGCACCACGGAUAGCUACGCGUUUGCUCAAAACGACGAAAAAGGCACAAUUUUCGUGCCGGGAGACGCUUUUGACGCGAAAAUCGUGAAAAAUGUGGGCCGAUACGUGAAUACCAGCAAUCAACUGGUGCUAAAAAUCAAGGAGCAAAUCGAACGAAAAGGGUGUAAAUGGGUCGCUGUUGAGGCUGUAAAACACUUUGUUGUCGAGGAAAAUGAGGAGAAAGAGGCGGUAGCAACUGGAGAAGUAAAAAUUUCGUGGGGAGUCGUUGUGGAAGUUGAUGAAAUGGAAGCACAUGUAUUAGAUGAAAAGAAUGGAAUACUUGUUACAUGCCCAAUUCUAAAAUACACUGGCGGAGCAGAUGAUAGUCCUUCGGCUCGAGCACUAAAUGACGUCAUAUCAAUCGAUAAUCACGUUAUGUUCAAAGCUAUGCUAAUCAAUGGAAGAUAUGACGCUGUUGAAUGGAAAAAAAUUGCCGAUUCUCAUGAACUUGUGAUGCCGAAAAAAGUGAACACGUCGGAUUCGUAUGCACAGACUCCUGCGUGUCUUGUGACAAUCAUGUUCCGAAAACUGCUCCAAAAUCAUCCAGAAGAUAUGGAUCGAUACUCAUCAAUAUUGGAUCAAUUGCCACCGUCAGCACUUCCAGAUUGCUAUUUUUCCCGUGAAAAUUGCACGGAAUAAUGGGAUUUUUUUUUUGGUUUUUUUUUCGGUUUUAUUCUCGAAAACGUGUUUGUCAAUACUAAUUAUUGGGUUUU